AUGUUGAGUAAGGAGCACGAAGAGGAGCUCUCCCGGCUGCGUGCGGAGAAUCAGCGCUUGGCGGAGGAGAACGCGCGGUUGACUGGCGCGCCCUUGCGCCAAACUGGCCAGGUAGAGCUGCCACGUGCUGAGCCGCCCAGAGUGAGAACUGCCGAGGAGGUGGAGGUCAAAGUGGACCCCAUCUCCAAGCCGGAGGAGCUGCUGCCUGGCAACUCGCAGGUGAAGCUCACCAUCUUCGGAGCGGGUGGCUUCCCGCAGGAGGCGGGCGACUUCGCCAAGGUGCAGAUCCGCUGCACCGUAGGCUUGCAGGACAACAAGACGCAGUGGAUGCCGCUGCAGGGGGCUGCGGUUGGGCCGAACAUGGUCCCCGAUGCGCAGACCUGGGAGGCUGCGCUGCAGUCCCCAGAGAUCAUGAGAUUCCAGACGGACAAAGGCAACCUCUUGGAGGACAUCACAGUGGAGCUGUGGGCUCCAGACAGACAGGUGCCACUGGCCACUGCCACUGUGGCGCCGGGCAUGCGCCGCCAGAAGGUCCUCUUCGACUUCGGGGGCUUUUUGGAUGCCGAGGUCACGGUGGACGGAAACCAUGCCAUGGGCCACGCCGCGUCUGAGGAUGGCUCCAAGGAGGCACCGGUGAACAAGGCCCAGAAGGUGAACUUGAAGCCCAACACCACCGCACGCCUCCUCAAGAUCUUCAAGGUGGAGGACCCCGCGGCCAAAGUGGUUCUGCCCAGGGACGUCUACAAGGCGCUGAAGCUGUGCAGGAAGAAGACCACCUCCUUCAACGUCAGCUUGGAGGUCCCAGAGUUGGAGGAGGUGCUCUCCGAGAUCAAACGGAUCCACGAGAUUGUCCACAAGAAAGAGGAGGAAUCGUCCAAGGUGGCGCGCCCAUCUGCGGUGAUCUCCUGGAGUGCCUUUCUGGACACUCUGACGCUGGUGCACUUGUCAGAAUUUUCCACAGGCCAGGUUUCGCUGCGGCUCUUCAUCGUGCAGAAGGCGCUGCUACAAGAUGACCUUCCAACGGGCAGAGCCGCGCUGGCGCUGGUGAAGGCGUAUGAGCAGGUGCGCAAGCCCACGACCCAUUCCCAGCGUGGGGUGCUGGUGAUCGAGGCCAUAUCGACUGUUGCCAUCUUCAUGAGCUUUAUCACCACCGGAGUCUCCUUGGACUAUGCGCCCAAUUGGGACGGCUGGAGAUGGGUUGACACCGGCUUCGCCCUCAUCUUCGUCACCGAGGUACUAUUCAAAAUUAUAAUCCUGGGGCCCCGCAGUUUCUGCUGCAAGCGUGACCGCAUAUGGAAUUGGUUUGACCUCUGUCUCUCCUUGGGCGCGGCAGCGGAGAUCGUUUGGAACCUUUCGAUGCGCAGCACCUCGACUCCCACCCGGGUGGCUCUCACCUUGCGAGUGCUGCGAUUGGCCCGGGUGUCCUUCUACAUGAAGCUGAUCCAAACGCCGAUGCUGCAAGAGCUCGCCAACAUUGUCCAAGGCUUUUUGGUGGCUGUUCCCUCGCUGUUCUGGGUUCUGGUCACCCUCUCCGUGGUGGUCUACGUCUCGGCGCUGGCGAUGCGCGCUACGGUGCAGAGGAUCAGUGGCGGAGGGAUUGAGACAGAUACCUGCGGCAGCGGGGACUCCUACGACCUGAACGCCCAGCUACCGUCCGGCUGCGGGGACAUCCACGACCUCUACGGGGUGGAGUACUGCGGCUCAGUUCUGGGGUGCAUGUUCACUAUCUUCCGGUGCAUGAUUGGAGACUGCACCACCCGGGGCGGACGAAGUUUGACGCUGGUGUGGAGUCAGGGCUAUGGCGUCCAGUUCGAUGUCUUCUACGCCUUCAGUAUGGUUUGUGUGAUCUUUGGCAUGUUCAACAUCAUCACUGCCAUCUUUGUGGAAGCUACCAUGAACGGCUUGAAGGAGAAUGCCAACGAAAAGAAGUAUGCGCAGGCCUACGAAUCUAACUACAUGACAGAACAGCUGGCGAAGUUGGUCAUGAUGGUCAGCAAAACAGUGCAGCGCGCUCGCGCUGGCCAGGACCAAAGCAGCAUGGGAACGAUCAGGAGAUCUCUGAGCUUCUCGGACAAGUCCGACUCCGAGCUGGACAAAGAGCUCUUCUUGACGGAAGAAGAGUUCAUCACGGCCAUCCGCACUUCUGAGGUGCGAAUGCUGUUGGACGACUUGGAUGUGAUAGUGGAGCCCCGGCCGGGUGUGUUCGAAGCCUUCAACCAAGAGGAGGAUGGCACGGUGUCCAUGUCGGAGCUGGUCUCCGGUCUCAUGAGCUUCCGUGGAGAGUUGCAGAAGGUUGACGUUCUCACCACCAAGAAGUACAUGGAGAACCUGAUGAAGCAGGUGCAUGAUCUGCAGCACACGCAGGGCCAGAUUGUCACCCACAUUCAGGAGCGGCCGGCCACCAGUCCUCAGAACCUCCCGCGCCACGAGUCCCGGCGCCUGGUGGUGGCGGUGCCCCGAAGGCGGAAGUGGUAA